CUGAGGCAGGCGAGGGGACGCAGGCGAUGGUGCUCGCUCUGCGUUACCUGGGCAGUGCCUGCGGACGGGCCCGCGGAGGUUUCCCCGGGGGCUUCUCCGCGGCGUGCGGGCCUGCACUGGGGAGGCCCUGGCCACUGUGCCAGGGUGGCCGCAGAGCCAGCACUAGCUCAUUUGAUGUAGUCAUUAUCGGUGGUGGAAUUGUGGGGCUUGCCUCUGCCAGAGCACUCAUCCUGCGACAUCCAGCACUUUCUAUUGGUGUUUUGGAAAAGGAGAAAGAUUUAGCUAUUCACCAGACUGGACAUAACAGUGGUGUCAUACAUAGUGGAAUUUAUUAUAAACCCGAAUCUCUGAAAGCUAAAUUAUGUGUACAAGGCGCAGCCCUCAUCUAUGAAUACUGUAACCAAAAGGGAAUUUCUUACAAGCAGUGUGGCAAGCUUAUAGUAGCUGUUGAACAAGAAGAAAUUCCCAGACUUCAGGCCCUAUAUGAGAGAGGCCUACAGAAUGGUGUCCAGGGUCUGAGGCUUAUCCAGCAAGAGGAUAUAAAAAAGAAGGAGCCAUAUUGUAGGGGUCUAAUGGCUAUUGAUUGCCCAUAUACUGGCAUCGUGGACUAUCGUCAGGUGGCUUUAUCAUUUGCCCAGGAUUUCCAAGAUGCAGGUGGCUCUGUCUUGACCAAUUUUGAGGUAAAAGAUAUUGAAAUGGCUAGAGAAAGUCCUUCAAGAUGUGAAGAUGGAAUGAAAUAUCCAAUUGUUAUAAGGAAUACAAAGGGGGAGGAAGUUCAAUGUCAGUAUGUUGUGACAUGUGCAGGACUUUACUCAGACCGUAUUUCCGAGUUGAGUGGCUGUAAUCCUGAUCCUCGAAUUGUACCAUUCCGGGGAGAUUACCUGCUCUUGAAGCCAGAAAAAUGCUAUCUUGUGAAAGGAAAUAUUUAUCCGGUCCCAGAUAGCCGGUUUCCUUUCCUAGGAGUUCACUUUACACCAAGGAUGGAUGGUAGUAUUUGGCUAGGGCCUAAUGCAGUUCUUGCCUUUAAACGAGAGGGCUACAAACCCUUUGACUUCAGUGCCGGAGACAUUAUGGAUGUAGUAACCAAGAGUGGCUUGAUUAAACUGGUGUCCCAGCAUUUCUUCUAUGGAGUCAAUGAAAUGUAUAAAGCCUGUUUUCUCAGUGCAACAGUGAAGCACCUUCAAAAACUUAUCCCUGAAAUUACUAUCAGUGAUAUACGUAGAGGUCCAGCUGGAGUAAGAGCCCAAGCUCUGGAUCAAGAUGGAAAUCUGGUAGAAGAUUUUGUAUUUGAUGGAGGAGUUGGGGCUAUUGGAAAUCACAUUCUUCAUGUGAGAAAUGCACCUUCCCCUGCUGCUACUUCUUCCCUUGCAAUUUCUGGAAUGAUUGCAGAUGAAGUGCAAAGAAGAUUUAAAUUGUAAAUAAUGCAAGGAGCUAGCUGUGCAUUUUAUUCUCCAUAUUCAGCAACAUCCACAAGAAUGUACUAAUUGCAUUCUUUAAUUUAAGAAAAAUGAUUUGAAAAUAGCAUUUUUAAUUAUCUCAUUUAAUAAUCACUAAAUUGUUAAACUGAUGUAACAUAGAAAUAAUUUUUUAACGUCCAUGCUCUUUUACUUUGUGAAUAAAGAGGAAAGGUACCAUUGUAUCUGUCCUGAAUCCUUGACUUUCUUAAUGACCUGUCCUCACCAACCAUAAUCUAGAGAUUUGGCUCUUUUAGAAUUUCUGGAAAUGAUGGCAUAAAAAUUUGCUUAUUCUCUUAACUUUUUGGCUUUACAAUAUCUAAGCCUUUUUGUCUCUUUUAGAUAAGAAAAUAUAAUACACUGUAGGUUGCAAACCUUUUAAUUUUGAAGUCAUAGCAAAGCUCACAUUGGAGCAACAAUAUUUGUAUUUGGGAAUUCUUGAUUUAAAACAGUACAUGACCUGCCUGGCCCCUGUGGCUCAGUGGUUGAGCGUCAACCCAUGCACCAAGAGGUCACCCGUUCGAUUCCCGGUCAGGGCA